AUGCACGAGCAGCUGAAGGAGAGUGAAGAGGCGGUCGCAGAACUCGAAGUGGAUCCACAGGAAGCAGUAGAGACUCCGGAAGGCUCCCCAGCUGGUGACAGCGAAGCCAAGGAUAAAAAGAAGAAGAAGAAGAAGAAGUCGAAGAAGAAGAAUGCCAACAUCAAGGAGAUCUCAACGUUUUACCCAGACGGCAUUUAUCCCCAGGGAGAAUGGAUGGACUACCAGCAGGAUUUCAACCUGGCCCGUACUACCGACGAGGAGAAAAGGUACCUGGCGAGGAGCCAGGCCAACGAGGAACACUGGAACGACGUGAGAAAGGGCGCUGAAAUCCACCGCCGUGUCAGGAAGAACGUCCAGAACAAGCUUCAGCCGGGGAUGGCUCUCACGGAUAUCGCUAACAUCAUCGAGGACGCCACAAGGAAGUUCACCGGUGCGGAGGAUCUCACCAAGAUGGAAAACCCGUUGAGCCAGGGUAUCGGGUUCCCAACAGGCCUUUCGAUCAACCACUGUGCGGCACAUUUCACGCCCAACGCCGGCGAUACGAGCGUCCUGAAGCGGGAAGACGUGCUGAAGAUCGACAUCGGCGUCCAGGUGAACGGCAACAUCGUCGACUCCGCAUGGACCGUGGCGUUCGACCACCAGUACGAUAACCUCCUGACGGCGGUCAGAGAGGCCACUUACACCGGUGUCAGGGAGUCCGGCAUCGACGUCAGGCUCACCGACAUCGGCGAGGCGAUCCAGGAAGUCAUGGAGUCGUACGAGGUCGAGAUAAACGGCAAGACGUACGCCGUGAAGCCGUGCAGAAACCUUUGCGGACACAACAUCAUCCCGUACAAGAUCCACGGCGGCAAAUCCGUGCCCAUUGUGAAGAACGGCGACAACACCAAGAUGGAGGAAGGCGAGCAUUUCGCCAUCGAGACCUUCGGCACCACGGGCAGGGGCUGCGAGGUCUCUCACUACGCCAAGAAUACCAGCUCCACGGCGCUACCAUCUCUGUCCCGCGCCCGGCAACUGCUCCAAACCAUCGACAAGAAUUUCGGCACGCUGCCCUUCUGCCGCCGCUACCUCGACCGUCUGGGCGAGGACAAGUAUCUGUUCGCGCUCAACAACCUUGUGAGACAGGGCAUCGUCCAGGACUAUCCGCCUCUCAGCGACGUUCCCGGCUCCUACACGGCCCAAUUCGAACACACCAUACUUCUGCAUCCGCACAAGAAGGAGGUCGUCUCCAAGGGUGAUGACUACUAG